UACCCUUGUCUUUCUACCAUGGUCUCAGUGAAGUCUCACUCUCGUCUCGGAUCACGAAUGGUCUUGGAUUUUGUUUCAGAUCAGUCUCUUUCAGAUCAAUUCCGAUCAGUUUGUCAAUUUCAGAUAGUUUCAAAUUAUUAUAUCGAUCAGUUUCAAAUAACUUUAGAUUUUAGAUCGAUUUUGAAAUCAAUUUUAUCUCAAGUUAAUAUUUGCCCAUGUGAACGUUUUGCAGAGGAGUAUUGCAAGUACACAGACAUAUAAUAUAUACUACAUACAAUAACAAGUAUAAUACUUAUACAAUAUACUUGCCUUCAAUAGUACUGCAUUAUUGAAAAAAAAAAGGGAAAGUAAAUAUUUUUGUCAAGCAUUGAAGAAACAAUAGCAAUAAAAUGUCCGCGAGUGUCACGCACACGGAGAGAGAAUUAGAUUUGAGCAAUGCCGGCCGUGGUGUGUGGCUCGUCAAAGUGCCUAAAUACAUAGCUAAUAAAUGGGAAAAGGCGCCUGGCAAUAUAGAAGUUGGCAAAUUGAAGAUCACCAAAAAUCCUGGGCAGAAAGCCGAAGUAUCUCUCAAAUUAUCAGAAGCUGUCUUAGCCUUGAAAGAAUCUGGAGAGGGAGAAAUACCGAAACAACACAGGCUAGAUGUUACAACAGUUACUAGACAAAUGUUGGGAGUGUUUUCUCACGUUGCCCCUUCCACAAGCUCAGAUGCAAUUGUUCCCGAAACAGAGAAACUCUUUAUGGAAGGAAGAAUUGUACAGAAAUUGGAAUGCAGACCAUAUGCUGAUAAUUGCUAUAUGAAGUUAAAACUGGAAAGUAUCAAGAGAGCGUCUGUGCCACAAAGACAAGUCCAGCAGUUAGAUAGAGUUGUACAAAAUUUCAAGCCUGUAUCCGAUCAUAAGCACAAUAUCGAGUAUGCUGAAAAGAAAAAAGCGGAAGGAAAGAAGAUGAGGGAUGAUAAAGAUGCUGUGUUAGAUAUGCUUUUUGCGGCAUUUGAGAAACAUCAAUAUUAUAAUAUAAGGGACCUUGUAAAAAUCACAAGGCAACCUAUUGUAUAUUUAAAGGAAAUCCUCAAUGAAGUCUGUAACUAUAACUUAAAAAAUCCCCACAGAAACAUGUGGGAAUUGAAACCGGAGUAUCGACAUUAUAAAGAAGAGGAAAAACCUGCAGAGAGCACCUCAAAGAAAGGCAAUGAUUCGGAAGAUGAUUGACUUUUAUAUAUAUUUAUAGAUAUACUUUUUUAAAUAAAAUCUCGAUUGAAUAUAACGUUCCUUAUAGUUACGAAAAAAACAAAUAAAUAUAAACAAAUUUUCAAACAAAUAAAUAUAAAUGAAUAUAAA